AAUACACAUACCAUGCGCAUGCGUAGAUUUUAUAUUUCCAUUUAAUUAAUUAGUAAUAAUUAACGUUAUUUCGAUUUGUUUUUUCUAUGGUAUUUUUACUUGAACAAUAUUUGAUAAUUAUAAAUUAUUUAAACAAAUUUAAAUAAAUAAUUAAAUAUAUUUUAAGCGCAUUUGUUUUGCGCAGUUUUCUAGUGACAACUAGUUUUUUUUUUUUUUUCUUCGAAUAAAUUUUAUGGUAACUUUGUAAUUUUUUUGUUUUGUUUAUGUUGUUUUUUUUUUGACAACACAAAUUUGACUUGCAUGUUCAACUUCUGAUAUAUUUUAUAUGUAAUAUUUAUUUUUAUUUAUUUAUUUUAAUGUCGAGAUAAUUGUGAUAAAUCUAUGAUAGAUUUUGAGUAAGUGUAAGAAACAUUAGGCUGAAAUAACGUGAUUGUUAUUUGGAAAUUGUGAGCAGCUGUGUUGUUAAUUGGAAAAAAAAAUAUGUCAACGCUUGCUGAGAGUCGAAAGUUUGAUUACAAUUAUUCUGGAUCUAUUCUCACUGAAAAAGACAUCAAUGAUUCUUUCAGGUACAUACGACCAAAUCAAUUUAAUAAUAUUGUCAAAGAAGUUGAACGACAAAGAUCAAAAAGAGAUGAAGAACAUUUAUGGACAUCAGUUCUUCAACAUCAAGAUUUAAAAUUUAAAAAAAAUACACAUGAAUAUGGUACAGUAUCAAAUUAUGAUUUGAUGAAACUUGAGUUAAAAAAUUUAGAAGAAAAUACACAUUCAUUUGGAUCAAAAACAAGAAGAAUAAAUAAAAAAUAUGAAGAACCAUUUGAAAUAAAAGAACAGGCAUUUACAAAAAGACAACUUGAAUCAUUAAAUUCAACAAAAAGAUCUUCAUCAUCAAAUUCAAGUUCAGAAACAUUUAUUGUAACUCAAGAUAAUAAUAAUUUUGUUGAUUCACCAAAGAAUAAUUCAAUUGGAAAAUCUCAUAUAUCAUCAGUUACAUUAAAUGAUAAUUUUAAUUAUCAAAAAAAUAAAAAUUAUUGUAAUUCAAGUCCAGAAUUAAAUUUACAAUAUGAAAAAGUUACCAAAGAUAGAAAAAUUUAUGAAAUUUCUCUACACCCAAAUGUUAUAAAAAAAGUAUUAAUUAUUCAAACAAAAAUAUCAGAACUUCUCAAUGAAAUAUCAUAUAGACUUGGUAGAAUUCCAAGACCAGAUGGUGAAAGUGAUUUACGACGUCGUCAACAACGUCUUGCUGAAUUUGGAAUAAGAUUUUCAAGAAAUUAUCUUUAUGUUCUUGGACGACAAGUUAUUGAUAUACAACAACAUAUUAAAGCAGCUGAAUUAACAUCAAAAGAAAAAAUUAAAAAAAAUAAUUUUAUUCUUCAUGUACAAGCAAUUGAAUCAAAAAUUUUAUCAUCACAUCAAUUAUUGAUGUAUGCUCUUGAUGCUUAUGCUAAGCAUAUAUCUUCAUCAGGAAUAAAAGGACAUCCUGGUAAACUUGGUGAUAUUUUACAAGUUCUUGUUCAGCUCAAAGAAAUUUGUAAUAAAAUUAAUUUGUCUUUUGAAUUUUUGGAAACUGAAAAUUUAGAUAUUUAUCCAUUGGGUGAUAAUAUUCAAACACGUUGUUAUGAAAUUUUAUCAAAAGUUAAUUCAACAUCUGAAAUAAAUUCACCAUCAGCUAUUAGUUAUGGUGCUCAUUCAACUCAUGGUUUUCCUGGUGUAUCAGAUAAACGUAAAAUAGAUAAUCAUAAAAUACCAAAUCGUUUGAGCAUGUAUAAUUCUGUUUCAAAUAAAAAAUCAUACAGGGAUCCAAAAAACAGAAGGCAUGUUACAGUUGGAAUACAUCCAAAAGAUAGAGCACAGAGAACUCUGAGUAUGCCAAUUAAUAAUCCUCCACCAACACCAGAUCAGAGUUAUCAAAAUUCUUUGAUUCGUAAAUCUCAAAAAAUACGUAAAUCAAGAAUAAAUGGUUUACUUCAUGAAGAUAAAAUCAGCACGACAAUGGGCCUCAUACCAAAAUUUUCCGAAACAAUAAUUAGUAGUGAAAGAUUAUCAAGAAAGCUACCAUCAACAGCACCAAGUGAAAUUAAAAUUAAAAAGAAACCAAAAUGUUGCUAUAAGAAAUCAAAAUUAUCAUUGCAAUCAGAUGAAACAGUAUUACAUGAUAAAAAAAGUAAAAUAAAACAAGAAGAUUUAUCAAAUUUUAUUCCUGUGAUUGCUGAUUUUAUGGCUUUAUUACCAAAAAAUAAAAAUAAUAAUGAGACUGAAUUUUGGGCUUCUUUUGAAGAGCACCAAGAACAAUGUAAGAAACCAAAAAUUAAAAUGACUAAUUCAAAUGAUAAUGCAAAGUUGAUUUGUGUUAAUUAUGAAGAAGAAAAGACUGAUGAUAAAAAUGAAGAUGAGACUAAAUUAAUUGUUGAUGAAAAAGUUGCUGAACGGAUAUUAAAUUAUCGAGAGAAAUUUUAUCAAUUUUGUCUGACGAAUUCAAUGUAUACUAGCAAAACUUCUAAUGAACCAUCGGAAGUUGUAGCAUGGGUUUCAGAAAAACUCAAGGAAGAACUUCUUGUUGAUUUAACAAAAAAACUUGAAAUGAAUGAAGUUAUUCGUCGAUUAUUUGAUCUUGAAUUUCAAGAAUUCUAAUUUAUAGACAAUUUUUUGAUAUUAUUUUAUUAGUUAGUGGAUAAAUAAUUUUACAAUCAUGCACUUUAACAACAUAUUCGUGUAAAAUUUUCCAUUAUUUAUUUUUUAUUUUCAAAAAUACAGAAAUUUACAUUUUAUUUUUAAUAAA